AUGGCAAAAAACAUACCAGAACAUUCAAAACCAGCUGAAUUAUUUUAUAAUAAAGAAGAAAGUAAAAAAUAUCAUAGAAAUACCAGAAUCAAUAAAAUACAAAUUGAGAUGACAGAAAAAGCAUUAGAAUUGUUAAAUUUAAAUGAUCAGAAAUAUUUUAUAAUUGAUAUUGGUUGUGGUAGUGGUUUAUCAAGUCAAGUAAUACUUGAUAAAGGACAUGAGUAUAUUGGAGUUGAUAUAUCUGAGAGUAUGCUUAAUAUACACAGAGUGUUUAUUGAAAAUUCAAAUAUACUUAAUUUUGAUAUCGGUGAGAAGGAAUGGCCAUUAACAGAGAAUUCAUUUGAUUUUGCUAUUUCUAUUUCAACAAUUCAAUGGCUAUUCAGCUCAUUUAAAAAUGAACACAAUCCUAAGAAAAGAAUUAACAACUUUUUAAACAAUCUUUAUAGAAUAACUAAAUACAAAGCAGUUUUACAAUUUUAUUUAAAAAGACAACAGGAUAUAGACAUGUUAGUUAGAUAUUCAAAGAAGGUUGGGUUUUAUACAAAAUUAAUAAUUGACGGUGUGGGUAAAAAUAAAAAAUUUUACAUCAUACUUUCUAAAUUAAGAAAAUAA